AUGGAGCAGUCGCCGCCGCCGGCUCCCGAGCCGACCCAAGGGCUCACUCCGGCACGGAGCCGCAGGCGGCGUGAGCCCGAGUCGCCGCCGGCGCCAGCGCCGAUUCCUCUCUUUGGUGCUAAGACUAUUGGCCAGAGAAGUCCUGAUGGACCGGUACUGAGCAAAGCUGAAUUUGUUGAGAAAGUUCGUCAGAGUAACCAGGCCUGUCAUGAUGGAGAUUUCCACACAGCUAUUGUUCUGUAUAAUGAAGCCCUUGCUGUUGACCCUCAGAACUGCAUCUUAUACAGCAAUAGAUCUGCAGCCUACAUGAAAAUCCAGCAGUAUGACAAAGCUCUGGAUGAUGCAAUUAAAGCCCGACUUCUCAAUCCCAAAUGGCCAAAGGCGUACUUCCGACAGGGUGUUGCCCUCCAGUACCUUGGACGUCAUGCCGAUGCCCUGGCAGCCUUUGCAUCUGGACUGGCUCAAGACCCCAAGAGUCUUCAGCUUCUGGUGGGGAUGGUAGAAGCUGCCAUGAAAUCUCCCAUGAGAGACUCCCUCGAGCCCACUUACCAGCAGCUUCAGAAAAUGAAACUGGACAAGAGUCCCUUUGUGGUCGUGUCUGUGGUUGGGCAGGAACUCCUGACAGCCGGCCAUCACGGGGCCUCUGUGGUUGUCUUAGAAGCCGCUCUGAAGAUUGGCACCUGCAGCCUCAAACUGAGAGGUUCUGUUUUCUCUGCUCUGAGCAGUGCUUACUGGUCUCUUGGAAACACAGAGAAGAGCACUGGAUACAUGCAGCAGGACUUGGAUGUAGCCAAGACCUUAGGUGACCAGACAGGAGAAUGCCGAGCUCAUGGGAAUCUAGGCUCUGCAUUCUUCUCCAAAGGAAAUUACCGAGAAGCUCUCACUAACCACAGGCAUCAGUUGGUGCUCGCCAUGAAACUCAAGGAUCGAGAGGCAGCUUCAUCAGCGUUGAGCAGUCUGGGCCACGUGUACACAGCCAUUGGAGACUACCCCAAUGCUCUGGCCAGUCACAAACAGUGUGUUCUUCUCGCCAAGCAAUCCAAAGACGAACUUUCUGAAGCCCGAGAACUUGGCAACAUGGGAGCUGUGUAUAUUGCUAUGGGUGACUUUGAGAAUGCUGUGCAGUGCCACGAGCAGCAUCUGAAGAUAGCGAAGCACCUGGGGAACAAGCGAGAAGAGGCCCGGGCCUACAGCAACCUGGGUAGUGCUUAUCAUUACCGGAGGAACUUUGACAAGGCCAUGUCAUACCACAACUACGUGCUAGAGCUGGCACAGGAGCUGAUGGAGAAGGCCAUUGAGAUGCGGGCCUAUGCUGGCCUAGGCCAUGCUGCCAGGUGCAUGCAGGAUUUGGAGAGGGCUAAACAGUACCAUGAGCAGCAGCUGGGCAUUGCUGAGGAUCUCAAGGACCGGGCUGCAGAGGGGCGAGCGUCCUCCAAUCUGGGAAUUAUACACCAGAUGAAAGGCGAUUAUGACACUGCACUGAAGCUCCACAAGACCCACCUGUGCAUCGCCCAGGAGCUGAGCGAUUAUGCUGCCCAGGGUCGUGCCUAUGGGAAUAUGGGCAAUGCCUACAACGCUCUGGGCAUGUACGACCAGGCAGUCAAGUACCACCGGCAGGAGCUGCAGAUCUCCAUGGAAGUGAACGACCGUGCCUCACAGGCCUCUACACAUGGGAACCUUGCUGUGGCCUACCAAGCCCUAGGUGCCCAUGACCGGGCCCUGCAACACUAUCAGAACCACUUGAACAUCGCCCGGGAGCUGCGAGACAUCCAGAGCGAAGCUCGGGCCCUCAGCAACCUGGGCAACUUCCACUGCUCUCGGGCAGAGUAUGUCCAGGCUGCCCCCUACUAUGAACAGUACCUCCGGCUUGCUCCUGACCUUCAAGACAUGGAAGGAGAAGGGAAGGUCUGCCACAAUCUUGGCUAUGCCCAUUACUGCCUUGGAAAUUACCAGGAGGCGGUAAAGUACUACGAGCAGGAUCUGGCACUGGCCAAAGACCUUCAUGACAAAUUGAGCCAAGCAAAAGCUUACUGCAACUUGGGCCUAGCAUUCAAGGCUCUGUUGAAUUUUAGUAAAGCCGAAGAGUGUCAAAAGUACCUACUGUCCCUAGCCCAGUCCCUGAAUAAUUCCCAGGCUAAAUUUCGAGCCCUAGGGAACCUGGGCGAUAUAUUCAUCUGUAAAAAAGAUAUAAAUGGUGCAAUAAAGUUCUAUGAGCAGCAGCUGGGCUUAGCUCAUCAGGUAAAGGAUAGAAGACUGGAGGCCAGUGCAUAUGCAGCCCUGGGCACUGCAUACCGAAUGAUCCAGAAGUACGACAAGGCCCUGGGUUAUCACACGCAGGAACUGGAGGUAUAUCAGGAGCUGAGUGACUUGCCGGGGGAGUGCAGAGCUCAUGGGCACCUGGCUGCUGUCUACAUGGCCCUUGGGAAAUACACAAUGGCAUUCAAGUGUUAUGAAGAGCAGCUGGAUCUAGGGCAGAAGCUGAAGGAUCCGAGUCUAGAGGCCCAGGUCUAUGGCAACAUGGGCAUCACAAAGAUGAACAUGAAUGUGAUGGAAGAAGCCAUUGGCUACUUCGAGCAGCAGCUGGCCAUGCUGCAGCAGCUAAGUGGAAACGAGUCUGUGCUUGACAGGGGCCGGGCCUAUGGCAACCUGGGGGAUUGCUACGAAGCCCUGGGUGACUAUGAGGAAGCUAUCAAAUACUAUGAACAGUAUUUAUCUGUUGCCCAGAGUCUAAAUCGCAUGCAAGACCAAGCCAAGGCUUACCGGGGUCUAGGAAAUGGACACAGGGCAAUGGGGAGCUUGCAGCAAGCCCUUGUGUGCUUUGAAAAGAGGCUCGUGGUUGCCCAUGAGCUCGGGGAGGCCUUCAAUAAAGCCCAGGCUUAUGGAGAGCUGGGAAGUCUGCACAGCCAAUUAGGGAAUUACGAACAAGCCAUUUCCUGCCUCGAACGCCAGCUGAACAUUGCUAGAGAGAUGAAGGACCGAGCCCUGGAGAGUGACGCGGCCUGUGGCCUGGGGGGCGUUUACCAGCAGAUGGGGGAGUAUGACACAGCCCUGCAGUACCACCAGCUUGAUCUACAGAUAGCAGAGGAAACCAACAACCCCACAUGCCAGGGCCGAGCCUAUGGGAACCUGGGCCUGACUUAUGAAUCCCUAGGCACCUUCGAGAGGGCUGUGGUCUAUCAAGAACAGCACUUGAGCAUUGCUGCACAGAUGAACGACUUGGUGGCCAAGACGGUGUCAUAUAGUAGCCUUGGAAGGACACAUCAUGCCUUGCAGAACUAUUCCCAGGCAGUCAUGUACCUACAGGAAGGUUUAAGGUUAGCUGAGCAACUGGGCCGAAGAGAAGAUGAGGCAAAGAUCCGCCAUGGUCUUGGACUCUCCCUUUGGGCUAGUGGGAACCUGGAGGAGGCCCAGCACCAGCUCUAUAGGGCAUCGGCCUUGUUUGAAACGAUCCGACACGAGGCGCAGCUGAGCACGGACUACAAACUCUCCCUCUUCGACCUGCAGACGUCGUCCUACCAGGCCUUGCAGCGGGUGCUUGUCAGCCUAGGCCAUCAUGAUGAAGCCCUGGCUGUGGCAGAAAGAGGACGGACAAGGGCCUUUGCCGAUCUUCUGGUGGAACGACAGACAGGACAACAGGACUCCGACCCCUACUCCCCAAUCACUGUCGAUCAGAUCUUAGAGAUGGUCAAUGGCCAGAGGGGACUAGUGCUUUACUAUUCCCUGGCUGCAGGCUACCUGUACAGCUGGCUGCUGGCUCCUGGGGCAGGAAUUCUGAAGUUUCACGAACACUACCUGGGUGAUAAUACAGUGGAAAACUCCGGUGACUUCCAGGCCAGCAGCAGUGCAGCCCUUCCAAUAGCAACCAGCUCAGCCCUAGAGCAGUACAUCGCCAGUGUCCGGGAGGCCCUGGGGGUGGAGUCUUACUACUCAAGGGCCUGUGCCAGCAGCGAGACAGAGAGCGAAGCCGGAGACAUCAUGGACCAGCAGUUCGAAGAGAUGAACAACAAACUCAACUCAGUCACGGACCCCACUGGCUUUCUGCGGAUGGUUCGCCGCAAUAACCUCUUUAACAGGAGCUGCCAGAGCAUGACGAGCCUGUUCAGUAGCGUCAUGUCGCCGACCCAGGAUGGGACGUCCUCUCUUCCCAGGAGGCAGAGCUCGUUCCCCAAGCCCCCACUCCGCGCCCUGUACGACCUGCUCAUAGCGCCCAUGGAAGGGGGCCUGAUGCACUCCAGCGGCCCGGUGGGCCGGCACCGGCAGCUGACCCUGGUUCUGGAGGGGGAGCUCUACCUCAUCCCUUUCGCCCUCCUGAAGGGAAGCUCCUCCAACGAGUACCUCUACGAGCGCUUCGGCCUUGUCGCCGUCCCCUCCCUCCGCUCCCUCAGCCCGCAGUCCAAGUCUCACCUGAGGAAGAACCCGCCCGCCUACUCCAGCUCCACGUCCAUGGCGGCUGUCAUUGGCAACCCCAAGCUCCCGUCGGCUGUGAUGGACAGGUGGCUGUGGGGGCCGAUGCCAUCGGCAGAGGAGGAAGCCUACAUGGUGUCCGAGCUGCUGGGCUGCCAGCCCCUGGUAGGCAGCGUGGCCACCAAGGAGAGGGUCAUGAGUGCCCUGACCCAGGCGGAGUGCGUCCACUUUGCCACCCACAUCUCUUGGAAACUGUCAGCCCUGGUCCUCACGCCCAGCGUGGACGGCAACCCCGGCAGCAGCAAGAGCUCCUUCGGCCACCCUUACACGAUCCCCGAGUCCCUGCAGGUGCAGGACGACGCCAGCGACGGGGAGAGCAUCUCGGACUGCCCGCCCCUGCAGGAGCUGCUGCUCACGGCCGCCGACGUCCUGGACCUGCGGCUGCCCGUGAAGCUGGUGGUGCUCGGCUCCUCCCAGGAGUCCAACAGCAAAGUCACGGCUGACGGCGUCAUCGCGCUGACACGGGCCUUCCUAGCCGCCGGCGCACAGUGUGUCCUGGUGUCUUUGUGGCCUGUGCCGGUGGCUGCUUCCAAGAUGUUUAUCCACGCCUUCUACUCAUCCCUGCUGAACGGCCUGAAGGCCAGUGCUGCCCUGGGGGAGGCCAUGAAGGCCGUGCAGAGCAGCAAGGCCUUCUCGCACCCCUCGCACUGGGCAGGGUUCCUGCUCAUCGGGAGCGACGUUAAGCUGAACAGUCCCUCCUCGCUCAUCGGCCAGGCCCUCACAGAGAUCCUGCAGCACCCGGAGCGCGCGCGGGACGCCCUGCGGGUGCUGCUGCACCUGGUGGAGAAGUCCCUGCAGCGCAUCCAGAACGGGCAGCGCAACGCCAUGUACACGUCCCAGCAGAGCGUGGAGAACAAAGUGGGCGGCAUCCCCGGCUGGCAGGCCCUCCUCACCGCCGUGGGCUUCCGGCUGGACCCCCCGGCCAGCGGCCUGCCGGCAGCUGUCUUCUUCCCGACCUCCGACCCCGGCGACCGGCUGCAGCAGUGCAGCAGCACCCUCCAGUCCCUGCUGGGUCUGCCCAAUCCUGCCCUCCAAGCCCUCUGCAAACUCAUCACUGCCUCGGAGACGGGUGAGCAGCUCAUCAGCCGGGCUGUUAAAAAUAUGGUUGGAAUGCUCCACCAGGUGCUGGUCCAGUUCCAGGCCGGCGAGAAGGAGCAGGACUUCGCUGCGGUUCCCAUCCAGGUCUCCAUCAGUGUCCAGCUGUGGCGGCUCCCGGGAUGUCACGAAUUCCUGGCGGCUCUAGGUUUUGAUCUCUGUGAAGUUGGUCAGGAGGAAGUCAUCCUGAAAACAGGGAAGCAAGCCAACCGCCGGACCGUGCACUUCGCGCUCCAGUCCCUGCUGUCGCUCUUCGAUUCUACCGAGCUACCCAAGCGCCUCAGCCUCGACAGCUCCUCCUCCCUGGAGUCUCUGGCUUCGGCCCAGUCUGUUUCCAAUGCCCUGCCCUUGGGCUACCAGCACCCUCCCUUCUCUCCCACGGGUGCGGACAGCAUCGCCUCGGACGCCAUCUCCGUGUACAGCCUGAGCUCCAUCGCCUCCUCCAUGAGCUUCGUCUCCAAGCCCGAGGCGGGGUCAGAGGGUGGAGGCCCCAGAGGACGGCAGGACCACGACAGGUCCAAGAGUGCUGCUUACCCGCAGCAGCGAUCCACCCUGCCCCGGAGCCAGCUGUCUCCCCAGACCCGCCCUGCAGGCAACAAAGAGGAAGAAGAAUACGAAGGGUUUUCCAUCAUCAGUACCGAGCCUUUGGCGGCCUACCAAGAAAACAAGACGACUCGCUUCUCGCCAGAGCACAAACAACCCAGAGCCGGGACCGCUGAGGCUGUGAAAGUUUCGGUGAGCUCCAAGGGCAGUGUAAGCACUCCAAAUUCUCCAGUUAAAAUGACCCUCAUUCCGAGCCCUAACUCACCCUUCCAAAAGGUUGGAAAACUAGCAAGUUCCGACACAGGAGAAUCGGAUCAGUCUAGCACAGAAACAGAUAGUACCGUGAAAUCCCAAGAAGAAAGCAACCCAAAGCUUGAUCCACAAGAGUUAGCUCAGAAGAUUCUAGAGGAGACGCAAAGUCAUCUCAUUGCAGUAGAGCGUCUUCAGAGGAGCGGCAGUCAGGUGAGCAAGAAUAAUAAUCCGGAAGACAGCAUCUCGGUGCCAAACAGCGCCACCGUCUUCAGAGCGUCAGAAACAAGUGCAUUCAGCAAGCCCGUCCUCUCCCAUCAGAAGAGUCAGCCGUCACCAGUUACUGUCAAACCAAAGCCCCCAGCCAGGAGCUCAUCCCUCCCCAAGGUGAGUUCUGGAUACAGCAGUCCCACCACCUCCGAGACGUCCAUCAAAGACAGCCUGGGCCCGCACAGUGGCCGGCCGUCGCCGGGCUCCGACUCCCAGACUUCCCUGACGGACCAGCCUGUCUUUAAACUGAAGUAUCCCAGCUCUCCGUACAGUGCUCACAUUUCCAAAUCACCAAGGAACAUGUCCCCAAGCUCUGGCCAUCAGUCUCCUGCUGGCAGUGCCCCAUCCCCAGCUCUCUCCUACUCCUCAGCUGGUUCCGCUCGUUCGAGUCCAGCUGAUGCUCCUGACAUAGACAAACUGAAAAUGGCAGCCAUUGACGAGAAGGUACAGGCCGUCCACAACCUGAAGAUGUUUUGGCAGAGCACACCCCAACAUUCCACAGGACCAAUGAAAAUCUUCCGUGGGACCCCUGGAACAGUGACUUCCAAAAGAGAUGUCCUCAGUCUAUUAAAUCUGUCACCACGGCACAAGAAAGAGGAAGCAGUAGAUAAGCUUGAACUUAAGGAGCUGUCUUUGCAGCAACGUGAGGAAGCACCACAAAAAGCCCCUCCCAAUGGCCACUGGCGCACCGAGACCACCACGCUGAGCACGCUGCCGCUGCCCACGGGCCCUCCUGCUGGAGCCCCUGCGCGCCCUUUGAGACUUCCUUCUGGAAACGGCUACAAGUUCCUGUCCCCGGGAAGAUUUUUUCCUUCUUCCAAAUGCUAAAGCAUCUUUUAUACCCACCGACUCAGAGUGCAGCAGCCCACAGACAGGGGCUUGGUGUUCACUUCGGCCGGUUCCCUCGUCUGGGUGCAGCCAUCCCACAUGGCCACCAGGGUGUGCUCUCUGGGUGAGGCGCACCUCCAUGCCCAAAGGCCACCACACACACACACACACACACUGGUGGCUUCUCUGGACCUCUGGGCCAGAUUCACCAAAAGCCAGGACUUCUGUGGGAUCAGUGUAGGAGGCUCAUGGAAUUUUCUACACACUUCACCAAAUGUUUACCUUUAAACUCCCUGCUUCUCAUCUUUGAUAUGAUUCUUCAACAGGAUUUUGUACAAAAAUGGUCACGGUUCUGGGGUGGGGAGAGGAGAGGGAGCACAUAUUUUGCUAAGAGGUGUAUAUGCAGUACCUUUUAUACACAGAAAUACAAAUAGAGCUUUUUUUAAGGCUUUCAGGUGCUGGUUGGGGGUGGGAUAUAUAAAAUAUAAGUUGAAUUCUACAUGAAAGUGUUAUAUUAGCCAAAAACAGAAUAAUGGUUUAGAAAAUGCCAAUGAUUUGUAUUAAAUUGUAUCAAUUCUGGUCUUAUGAUAGUGUAACAUCACAGCAACGAUGCAAUAAUUCAUGCUGAAACCACGCUUCCAGCCUCAGCUGCUCUGCUCCAUUGAGCUCUGCAAACACCCUUUGGGCCCCACUGUCAGCCAAACUUGAAUUUUCUUAAAAAAUUUAUGUAACUCUUAUCCAGGCAUUUUAGAACUAUGCAAUUGUGAUUUAAAAUGCAACUUUGUGCUUUUAAAACAUUGACCUUUUUUGUACAUGGAUGAACAACUUGGUUUUAUUAUCAACAGUACUCUGCAUUUAUAGCUAUUAUUUUUAAAAGCUCAAAAAUUUUUUUAAAAUGUCAAAUUUUGAAUAGUCAUCAAUAAGUAAUUAUCAAGUUUGGAGGAAAAGGUUGAAAUUACUCAGUUUCCUUAUAAGC